AGUCCCAAAGACUUCCGGUGCGGGUGGACGUCGCCGGCGGUCCUUCCUACGUAAACUCCGGGCGGGGCGUGCGGGAGCCUGGGUGGUGAACUGUGUUAAUUUUUAGGCGGAGACUGUUCAAUGAAGAAAGACCUGAGGAAGGAUCAGGACAGGCAGGAGAUAGUUAACUGAAAGGAAUCUGCCCCACUGCUACAACCAAACCAGAUGCCUUCUUCGACUUCACCAGACCAAGGGGAUGACCUGGAGGCCUGUCUUUUAAGAUUUUCAGACUUGGAUUUGAAAGACACAAGUAUUAUCAACCCCAGUAGCAGUCUUAAAGCAGAGCUAGAUGUCAAUACAAAGAAGAAAUAUUCAUUUGCAAAGAAAAAGGCAUUUGCCCUUUUUGUCAAAACCAAAGAAGUUCCAGCACCGUCUUAUAAAUGCAAAGAAAUAUGGUGGAAAUGCUGUCAGCAGCUGUUCACGGGCCCCACUGGCAUCCACAGACACGUGGCGGCACAGCACGCUGAUGAGGUUUGGCACCAGACUGCUUCUGUUUUGAAGCAGCUCGCUGUGGCAUCGAGCACCUCAAAGAGCCUUAAGUCUGCCGACAAAAGGAAUCCACCGAAAGAAUGCCUUACUCGAAACCAUGACAUGUCUGCUUGGCUCCCUGACAUUAGUUGCUUUAGCCCUGAUGAGCUGAUAAGUGGUGAGGGCAGUGAUGAAGGAGAGGUGUUACUUUAUUACUGCUAUCGUGACUUGGAGGAUCCCCAUUGGAUCUGUGCCUGGCAGACAGCUCUGUGUCAGCACCUGCACCUCACAGGCAAGGUGCGAAUUGCUACAGAAGGAAUCAACGGGACAGUGGGCGGAAGCAAAUUGGCCACCAGACUCUAUGUGGAAGUCAUGCUUUCCUGCCCAUUGUUUAAGGAUUAUCUCUGUGAGGAUGAUUUUAAGACCAGCAAAGGAGGAGCAUGCUGUUUCCCCGAGUUGCGUGUUGGUGUAUUUGAAGAAAUUGUGCCUAUGGGGAUCAGUCCCAAUAAGAUCUCCUACAAGAAGCCUGGAAUCCAUUUGUCCCCGGGUGAAUUUCAUAAAGAAGUAGAAAAGUUUUUGUCUCAGGCAAAUCAAGAACAAAGUGAUACUAUCCUCCUGGACUGCAGAAACUUCUAUGAAAGCAAAAUAGGACGCUUCCAGGGCUGCUUAGCCCCAGACAUCAGGAAAUUCAGUUACUUCCCUAGCUACGUUGACAGAAAUCUAGAACUUUUCAGAGAGAAGAGGGUACUGAUGUAUUGCACUGGGGGCAUCCGUUGUGAGCGGGGUUCCGCUUACCUCAAAGCCAAGGGAGUGUGCAAGGAAGUGUUCCAGCUCAAGGGUGGCAUCCACAAGUACCUGGAGGAGUUUCCUGACGGUUUUUACAAAGGGAAAUUGUUUGUUUUCGAUGAGCGUUAUGCUUUGUCCUACAACAGUGACAUAGUGUCAGAAUGUUCAUACUGUGGAGCCCCAUGGGACCAAUAUAAACUCUGCUCCACUCCCCAGUGCCGUCAGCUCGUCUUGACCUGCCCCGCCUGUCAAGGACAAGGACUAACAGCCUGUUGUGUCACAUGUCAAGACAAAGGGAGCAGGCCGGCUUCAAGCCCUGCCCAGCACAGCUUUAAAGAGGAAUGUGACUGUACAGCCCGACGGCCACGCAUACCCAGUGAGCUUUCACAGCAGGCGCCACCCCCCCUGAGCCCGGAGCCAAGACUUGAUGUUGCUGAGGACGGGCCCUGCUUGUGUGAGCGGCACCGGCAACAUUUCCCUGAGGCUUCACAAAGUUAGGUUUGAAGCAGCCAUGUAUUCGGAAAUAGCCAGGCUGCAGCAACAGAGAAAUGGGGAACUUGGGUGCUGGCCAAUGACACCAUGGCACACUGGUCACUUAUUGGCCACUUAUCCUAUAUAAUAAAAGCCUAAUAUGCUAA